UUUUUAAAAAUAUGUUUGCAAGUUCACGAAAAGUGUUGUACAUUUAUUUACACAUCGCCAACGUCGUGUUUUUGUCGUGUUUUCGGUGGUGGUCUGGCAUUGUCGCACAACCUGUGCUUGUCAAACUGUGUGCGUGCAAGUGAUAUAGCCACUUUGAAAGGCUGAUUGGCACGUUUACAGGUGGUGUUGAUCAGUGCGAUUUCGUUUUUUUGUGUGUGUGUGUGUGUGUGUGUAUCUGUGCGUGUGUCUGUGUGUGUGUCUGUGUGUGAGAGAGUUGACUUGGUCGCCGAGAACAUUACGACGCUUUGGCAACGUGUUGGCUCAAAAUAAAUUUCUGUCAGUGGUUUUUUUCUCUUUGGCUGCCAGCAGCUUUUCGUUAUGGUGUUGUGCACAUUCUCUCGUCAUCGUUGCGUCAUGGCCAACUAACACUUUGGAGUUUUUUUUUUAUUUUCAAACGAAAGUCAGCGCUAGUGACUUGUUAUUUUCUUUUUCUUCCCGAAUUUGCUCGUCUGCUGCCAUUUUUGUUAUUCGCUGCUGGAAGCUGACAUCAUUUGCAGACGAUCUACCUGUUGUCAUGUCGCUGCGUGAUUCUUCCGAGGUGGAGGUGGAUGCCGACUCUGAGCUGUCUGCCGCCAGUAAAGCCAGCUUCCUGGACAAGGUGCGCCAGUCGAACCAGGCCUGUCAGAAUGGGGAUUUCGAGACGGCCGUCGGCCUCUACGGCGAAGCCAUCGCCCUCGAUCCCUGCAAUCACAUCCUCUUCUCCAACCGGUCGGCCGCUCUCGUCAAACUCGGACACUUUGCCCGGGCCCUGCAGGACGCGUCCAGAGCCGUCGAACUCAACGCCAAAUGGCCAAAAGGUUAUUACCGGCAAGGAGUGGCGCUGCAAUGUCUCGGACGGCAUUCAGAUGCUUUGGCGGCCUUCAGCUCGGGUCUUGCCCAGGAUCCGAAAUCCCUGCAGCUACUAGCCGGUUUGGUGGAGGCGGCCAUGAAAUCGCCGUUGCGGUCCACCUUGGAACCGACCUACAGGCAACUGCAGGCCAUGCGCCUGGACAAGUCACCUUUCGUCGUCAUUUCGGUCAUUGGCCAGGAGCUACUGGCCGCCGGUCAUUACAAGGCGGCCGUCGUCGUCCUGGAAGCCGCUCUAAGGAUCGGAACUUGCUCCCUCAAGUUGCGCGGAUCCGUCUUCUCGGCCCUGUCUUCCGCCUACUGGGCGCUCUCCAUGCUCGACCAGGCCAUCAGCUACAUGCAACAGGAUCUGUCCGUUGCCAAAUCGCUGGGCGAUACGGUGGGAGAAUGUCGUGCCCACGGCAACCUCGGAUCGGCCUAUUUCAGCAAAGGCAAUUUCAAAGAGGCGUUGACGUCGCAUCGCUACCAGCUCGUGCUGGCCAUGAAGUGCAAAGAUAACCAAGCGGCCGCAUUGGCCUUGACUAGUCUCGGUCACGUUUACACGGCCAUUGGGGACUAUCCGAACGCGCUGGCCAGUCAUAAACAGUGCUUGCAAUUGGUGAAGCAACUGGGCGAGAGGUUGCCGGAAGCCCGUGAAGUUGGCAACGUUGGAGCCGUCUACCUGGCGAUGGGCGAUUUCGAAGCGGCCGUCGAGUGUCACAUGGAACACUUGAGGAUAGCCAAACAGCUGGGCAACCGGGUGGAAGAAGCCCGGGCCUACUCCAACCUGGGCUCGUCGCACCAUUUCCGGCGGAAUUUCGAGCGGGCCAUCACCUUCCACAAUCACGUGCUCCACAUCGCCCAGGAGCUCAACGACAGGAACAUCGAAGCCAGAGCUUACGCCGGCCUGGGUCACGCCGCCCGGUGCAUGUCGGACUACGGGCAAGCCAAAAGGUGGCACGAACGACAGCUGGACAUGGCCCUGGCCACCCGAGAUAAAGUGGCGGAAGGCAGAGCCUGUUCCAACCUGGGCAUCGUCUACCAGCUCCUGGGCGAUCACGACGCGGCCCUGAAGCUGCACCAAGCCCAUCUGAACAUUGCCCGGGUGUUGCAGGACAGGGCCGGCAUGGGCAGGGCUUACGGCAACAUCGGCAACGCGUACAGCGCCAUGGGUUACUACGAGCAGGCCAUUAAAUACCACAAACAAGAGCUGACGAUAUCCAAAGAGGUGAACGACAGGAGCUCGGAGGCGUCGACUCACGGGAACCUGGCCGUCGCUUACCAGGCGCUUCACAUGCACGACAUGGCCAUCCUGCACUACCACAGCCAUUUGAACAUUGCCCGCGAGCUGAAAGACACGGCCGGCGAGGCCUGCGCUCUCCUCAACUUGGGCAACUGCCACAGCUCGCGGGCGGAAUUCGGGGCGGCCGUGACCUUUUACGAACAGUACUUGAUGCUCUCCCAGGAGCUGCAGGACGUUGAAGGAGAGGCCAAAGCCUGUCAUUUCCUCGGCUACGCUCACUACUGCCUGGGCAACUUCAAAGAGGCCAUAAGAUACUACGACCAGGAUCUGGCCCUGGCCAAAGACUUGCAGGACAAGAUGAACAUGGGCCGGGCCUACUGCAACCUGGGUCUCUCCCAUUUGGCCCUGGGCAACAUGGAGACGGCCCUGGAAUGCCAGAGGUACUUCCUCACCAUAACGCACAUCACCAAGCACGCUGUCGGCAAAUUCAGAGCCCUGGGCAACAUUGGCGACCUGAUGCUCAAGAUGAACCAGGCGGAAGAGGCCGUCAACAUUUACCAGAAACAAUUGCAGCUGGCCAAGCAGAUGCGCGAGAAGAACAUGGAAGCGUCGUCGUACGCGGCUCUGGCCGUCGCCCAUCGGCAUAUGGGCUAUCAAGAUAAGGCCCUGGGUUGUUACACGCAAGAGUUGACACUGAGACAAGAGACGGGCGAUGUCCGCGGAGAAUGUCGAGCUCACGGCCACUUGGCAAGCGUCCACAUGGCACUGGGCAACUACACGCAUGCCAUCAAGUGCUACGAGGAACAGCUGGACCGCGCCAAAGAGCUUAGGGACUCGACGAUGGAAGCACAAGCUCACGGCAAUUUGGGAAUCGCCCGGUUGAACAUGGGACACUACGAGGAAGCCAUCGGCUAUUUCGAACAACAGCUGGCGACGUUAGCUCAAUUGUCGACGGCCACCGCCAUGCUGGACAAGGGAAGAGCGUUCGGCAAUUUAGGUGACUGCUACGACGCUCUCGGUGAUUAUGACGAAGCCAUCAAGUGCCACGAACAGUGUCUGGCCGUCGCUCUCAAGACCAAGAGUCUCCGAGACCAGGAGCACGCUUACCGCGGACUGGGCCAGUCGCAUCGAUGCCUGGGCAACCUCCAACAGGCGCUCGUUUGUUUCGAGAAGCGGCUGGUCGUGGCCCACGAGCUGGGCAACACGGCGGCCAAAGCCCAGGCGUACGGAGAGCUCGGCCAGCUUCACAGCGUGCUGGGCAAUUUCGAACAGGCCGUUUCGUGCCUGGAACAUCAAAUUUCCAUCGCUCGAAAACUCAACGACCGCCAAGUCGAAGCCGAAGCGGCCAGCGGACUCGGCUGCGUCUACCAGCAAAUGGGCGAACAUACCAAAGCGCUCCAGUACCACCAACUCGAUCUUCGAUUAGCCGAAGAAACGGGCUCGUCCGGUGGCCAGUGCCGGGCUUACGGCAAUCUCGGAGCCACUCAGGAGGCGCUCGGCCGGCUUGACGAGGCCGUCCAUUGCCAGGAACAGCAUUUGAGCAUGGCGGCGCAAAUCAACGACAAAGUAGCCAAGACGAAAGCUUUCGCCAGUUUGGGCCGGUUACACCACGCCCUGGGCAAUCCCAGUCAGGCCGUCGCUUAUCUCCAGCAAGGCCUCCAAAUCUCGGAGGCUCUGAGCCUCCGCGAAGAAGAGGCCCGCAUCCGACACCGACUCGGACUUGCUCUUUGGGGCUCGGGCGAUUUGGAAGGGACUCAAGUGCACAUGGAACGGGCUGCUGGACUCCUAGAAGCCGUCCGGCGGGAAGCCAGAGGCAGUGCCGAUUACCGUCUAUCACUCUUCGACCUCCAGACGGCCUGCUACCAAGUCCUCCAACGAGUUUUGGUCGAUUUGGGACGAUCCAGUGAAGCUCUUUUAGUGGCGGAACGCGGACGGACCCGAGCUUUUGUCGAUCUGCUGCUGGAACGCCAAGGAGCAGCCACAAGUGACGCUGAAACCCGCGGUAGUCAUGGAAGAGUUGCCCUUUUCGACGACUCGUUACCAACUAGCGUCGAGCAAAUCAUGGAGAUUGUCAACAAACAAAAAGCGUCCGUCCUCUACUACAGCUUGGCGGCCGGCUAUCUCUACUGCUGGUUGAUUGUGCCCACUAAAGGUGUCGUAGCAUUCCAUCAAGCAGCCAUCAAUCCGGAAGGAGUCAAUGGAACGAGAGCUGAUGCUUCCGAUUCCGGCAAUGCUGGCCAAGAGAACGAAAUGGAAUCAGCCAAAGGGGAAGGAUCUUUACUGGACCAGUACAUCCAGGGAAUUCGGGAAGCUCUCGGAGUCGAAUGGCAAUCGAGUGGCGGCGGCAACGGGCGCGAAGACAACGGCGACCUGGAAGACCUUUGGUCCCAACAUUUAGGCGAACUCGGCGAUAAAAUGAAUCAGGAAGGAGAUCGAUCCGGUUUCUUGCGGAUGGUCAACCGUUCUCACGCGUUCAACAGCAGCAACUACAGUCUGUCCAGCCUGUUCAGCCUGGGAAGUGUAUCAAUCAACAGCGGACAGUCGGCCAGCCAGCUGUCGUCCGUCUCGAGACCGGGCAGCUUACGCCAUUCGCGUCGUAGCAUCUGGCAAGGACCGGCCUGUCUUCGUUCGCUUUACGAUCUGCUCUUGGCGCCCGUCGAGGACCGUUUGACGCAAUACGGGCAAUCACCACUUUCGGCCAGCUCUACAUCACGAGAACUCGUUCUAGUGCUGGACGGAGACCUCUACCUCGUCCCGUUCUCCCUCCUCAAACCGCAGAGCAGCAAUGAUUACCUGUGCGAACGGUUCAGUUUGAUCGUCAGUCCGUCUCUGACAUCAUUGCGGACUGGACAAAAGAGCGCCAGUCGCAAUAACAAACUACUGCAAAUGCAUCAAACGCGUUCGGCUGGUCCGCUGACGGCCGUCUCGCUAUCCAGUUACUCUUCCGGCAUGGUAGGUGGCGAUUCGCUGGAACAGCAGCCGGCCACAUCAGCGCUGGUUAUUGGCAACCCAAAAAUGAGUCAAUCAGUUGUGGAACAAUGGGGCUGGACGGAUAUUCCUUACGCCGAACAAGAAGCUGUUGUCGUCGCUGAAAUGUUGCAAACGCCUUCGCUGCUGGCCGGAGCGGCCGCCACCAAAGAUGCCGUUUUGCGUCACCUGUCUCAAGUCGAAUGCAUUCACUUUGCUACUCACGUCUCGUGGAAACUUUCGGCCAUCGUUUUGGCUCCUUCCAUGGACGGCCUGGCCGCUAGCGAUGGCGACGGAGCCAGUCAGACUGGAAGUACUCGUCCGUCUCUCCAUCAACAAGACGACGACAUCAAAUCGGUGGCUUCGGGAGUUGCUCCGUCGUCUUCGGCCGCCACAGCGGACUUGCCGGCCUUGUCCGAAUUCCUCCUGACGGCUGCUGAUAUCCUCAAUUUGCGUCUCUGUGCCCGUCUUGUCGUCGUCAGCUCAGUUCACACUCGAGAUCAUCACGGAGUUGCCCAUUCCGACGGUGUCGUCGGCUUAACUCGCGCCUUGUUGGCUGCCGGAGCUCAAUCAGUCCUCGUCUCUCUGUGGCCCGUCCCAGACACGGCCGUCAAGAUUUUCAUGAGAACUUUCUACUCUUCUCUCUUGCAGGGAGCUAGAGCCAGCCGGGCGCUUUCCGAGGCCCAGCAGACGGUCCAACACACAAAACACUUUGCCCAUCCAGCCAACUGGGCAGGAUUUGUCUUGGUCGGAGCUGAUGUGAGACUAUCCAACAAAGUGGCCUUAAUGGGCCAAGCGUUGACGGAAUUGCUCAAGACGCCGGACAAGUGCCGGGACGCUUUGCGAGUGACGCUUCAUUUAGUUGAGAAAUCGCUCCAGCGGAUCCAUCGCGGAUACCGAAACGCCAUGUACACUACUCAGCGUAGUAUCGAGAACAAAGUCGGCCCAGUCGGUGGCUGGAAAGAGCUGCUCAUUUCGGUUGGGUUCCGUUUCGAGCCGGCCGCCAACAACAUUCCGGCGUCCGUCUUCUUCCCGCAAAGUGAUCCAGGAGAGAGACUGACUCAAUGCUCGGCCAGCCUUCAAGCUCUGCUGGGAUUGACAACACCUUCUCUCCUCGCCAUUUCCAAAUUGCUGGCCAGUUCCGAAGCGUCGACUGACGAUAUCACGGCCGUUUUGCGUAACGCUACCGUCCAGUUGGGACUACGAGACCUGGAGAGCGAAAGUGUCGACAUUCCCGUUCCAGUGAAGCUUUGGCGUUUGCCCGGCUGCCACGAAUUGUUGGCAUCACUCGGAUUCGACCUUAUGGAAGUCGGUCGCAAUGAAGUUACCCUCAGGACGGGCAAGCUGGCCAACAAACGCAACAUACAGUUCGCCCUACAAGCCCUGUUGGCUCUCUUUGAAACUUUAGACACCCCUACGAGCCUAUCACUGGACUCGUCCAGCUCUGUAGAGAGCCUUACAUCCGACGAGGAAGAAGAAGAGCAGGAACAGGACGGAACGUCCAACAACCAACGCAACGUUGUAUCUAAUCGAUCCGGACGCUCAGCGCCAUCUGUUGGCAACAACGGCGGAACAGCUGGGGGAGCCAACGGAACCGGAAGAGUAGGAACAUCCACUCAUCAAACCUAUUCCAGUUUGGUGUCUCGCCGGAUGCCCUUGUCCGCCAGUGUCAAGUCGGCGUUCAGCAGUUACGUUCGUAGCGGCUGUCGAGGUGAACCGGACGGCAGGACGGCCGUAGGAGGUGAUUCACGUGGCCGCGAAAGUGACGCUGCUUUUACUCCUAGUCCCGUCGAUCCUGUACAUCGCUCAAGCUUGGGUCAUAGAGGACAAGGUGGCAUUGCUGGCCUGUUGGCUGGUAUGUCCAGUACUGCUGGAAGUGAUAGAGGAGUUCCAGUUCCAAGUCUACGAAUGUCGCUGACGUUGGCUCAUCAAUCCAAAAUCCGUUCCAUGUAUUGCUCCCGUCAAAGUUUGGCGUCGCAGGAAAACAGCUCGCCGGCCAGCGAGAUGGGCGCUCCUAUGAUGCAAAACAGCGGAAGCAACAACCCUUCGCGCCCGGAUUCUUCGUCCAGCACCACCAGUUCGGCCGAUUGGGAAAGCGGUUUGUCGACUGUCCGUCGUCAACCUCCAGCAUCCGCCUCGCUGGGCAAAGUCCCGACAUCCAAUCCGCGCAAAGUCGAAGAUAUCAGCGCGUUCAACGAAUCCCGUUUGAGGUUAGACGCUAAGAGCUUUGGUCUGCAGAACAACACGAUGGCCGACGCUCGUUCACGGUCCCGUUUCAAGCCGCCAGGUGGCUUCGCUGCUGGACUUAAAAGACAGAUGGCUCUGCAUCAAACUGUGGCCGAUGAUAGUGAAAAUGGCAAUAAUGGCAAAACAGGAUCGGCUCGUUCUGGCUCCCUGGACACGCUCGAUCGUCUAAGCGUCCGCAGCGAGCUGGCCAAAGCUCCGUCGACUUUCCCAGUUGCUGGCCCAGCUAUGCAACAACGUCGUCGCCAUCGAUCCGUAGAGCGUCAACUGGACGAUGACACGGACUCGGUCAUUUGCGAGACCAAUGUCACGCCCGAUCGUGAAGCUGUUUCUCACGUCAAUGAACGUUUCUCGGCCGCCGUGUUCCAUCAUUCCAAACCGGGCAAGUUAGUAAUGGCCAAAGCGGCUGCUGCAGCUACGAGGACGCUCCAUAAAGGAGGCACAACUCGUCCGUCUAUGACCAACCAACGGCCGGUAGACAAUUGUCCAUCGGAUCACGAAAUGGAAGGAUCCAGCGUCAUCUAUUCGUUACGUCCGGGAGAGUCGGAAUUGUCCGGCGGAGUCCAGCUGUCUCACAACGCCGGUUCGCGUAGUAUUCAAGACCACAUCAUCGCGACGCAAAUGAACCGACUCAACCGAGAAAUGCCAAUCUCGGACGUCUACCACGAGCGCAACAUGGGUCUUGGUUUGGCUCCGCCUCUUUCCGAGUUGCUGGUCAACACCAGCGGCCCUAACGGCAACUCGGUAGCCGCAACAGCCACCGGAUCCAGCAGCGUCGCGUCUUCCGAAGACGUUUUCAAUUCGUUCGAUCAAAUCUCAUUGGCUGACACGGUGACGGAACUCGUCGAUAAAACAGAACCAUCCGCUUUGAAUAAGAACCUUGGCUACGCCAAACGACCGCCUCCCCGCCCUACCAAAUUGCAGCAAUUCGGCUCUUCGUGGGGCGCGUCGAGUGGAGCGUUCCAUGCCACAGGAUCACGGCUUCAACAUCGUAUUAGUGUCUUUGACACUUCAUCUCCCGAAGCGGAAAUAUCAACUUCAUCGGCCACGAUGACCCUCCGUCAAGGUAUUUUGGAUAUGACGAGACGGGACGAAGCUGAUGGCCGCUCCAUGACCGACUCGAACUACAGCGGCUAUUCGCCACACCGCAACUUGAAAUUGUCGACCGCCAUGCCGCAUCAGCAGCACGCCAAUGUCGGCCGUGCCGCAGACUCGUCCGCCAUUAGUAAAGAUAACAAAAGUAAUACGAUUCAUGCUGUCGCCAUCAUCGAGUCGGACGCUAGAGCCAAUGAUGCCGCUUGAAUGAAACCGUUGGUCUCUGUACUCACUCAAACGUAAUUUAGAAUCAAAGCUGGUGCCUUAUUUUGCCAAAUAGAUCCAUUUCCUUGUCGUCUUUUUUUCUUAUUGUGACCGUCCAAAACAGCUUUCCGUUCGAUUUGAAAUUGUACAGUUCCACCAUUAACUCAUUUAUUUGCUACGCAAUUCGUUGGGCGCGGGUUCAAUAUCGGCAUCGAAGUUGCUCUGGAAAUCGUACAUUUCGCGGAAGACUCUAAUUCAAUUUAUGUAUUCUAUUCACCGAUGGGAAAUUUCAUGUGGAAUAUUGAGGUGUUGUUUGCAAGUAAAAUCUCUUUUCUAUUAUUCCCUUUUUAAUAUGUUGUUCAGCAAGUGCUAUUCAUAUUACCAUACCCCCAUGAUUUGUGAAUUUUCUCGACAUUUACAUACAAGUGUUUAUAUGUUUUUUUUUUUUUGGUUUUACGUAGAGAACAAAUGCUUGCUACAAUAGAAAAUUGUUUAUUUAAUG